GCGGCGGGCGGGCAGAGCAACGGGGGCUCGCCGCCGCCGAUCCGGAGCUGUCGCGGCGCAGCCGGUGUCGGUAGCAGCCGGGACUCGCCCCGUCCCGCAGUCCGCCUCGUAAGGCGGCUGUGGGGAAAGCCUCUGGAACCGCUGCCCUUCCCGGGCCGGCUCGCGCGGCGGGAGAGCCCCGCCGGCCAUGGAGCUCUCCCUGCGGCUGCUCCUGGCGUCCUGCCUCUGCCUGGGGGCGGCCGGGGAGUUUGACAGAAGGUGGCCCAGACAAAUAGUUUCCUCUGCAGGACUGUGUCGGUUUGGAAGCAGAAUUGACUGCUGCUGGGGCUGGGCCCGAUUGUCCUGGGGACAAUGCCAACCUAUAUGCCAGCCAGGAUGCAAACAUGGUGAAUGCGUUGGGCCAAACAAGUGUAAGUGCCACCCAGGAUACACUGGAAAAACCUGCAACCAAGAUGAACAUCACUCUACAAGUCCACCUGGUCAGAGCAGUGAAGCACUUCUAUUCCGAACUCAGGAUCAUCAUGCAAGAAGUAUGCCAUCAAGGGAUCUAAAUGAGUGUGGACUAAAGCCACGGCCGUGCAAACACCGGUGUAUGAAUACGUACGGCAGCUACAAGUGCUACUGUCUGAAUGGCUACAUGCUGAUGCCAGAUGGAACGUGCUCGAAUGCUCUUUCUUGCUCAAUGGCAAACUGUCAGUAUGGCUGUGAUGUACUGAAAGGGGAAAUUCGCUGCCGUUGUCCCUCUCCAGGACUGCAGUUAGGGCCUGAUGGCAGGACAUGCAUAGAUAUCGAUGAGUGUGCUACUGGGAGAGUUAUCUGUCCACGAUUUAGGCACUGUGUCAAUACUUUUGGAAGCUACAUUUGCAGGUGUCAUAAAGGCUUCGAUCUCAUGUACAUCGGAGGCAAAUACCAAUGCCAUGAUAUAGAUGAGUGUUCCCUUGGCCACCAUCAGUGUGGUAGCUUUUCACGAUGUUACAAUACACCAGGAUCCUACAAAUGCAAGUGUACAGAAGGGUACAGAGAUAAUGGAACAAACUGCAUACAAAGACCGGUGAUUGGGCCAACAACUCGACCUACACCUGGGCCAACAUCUCGUCCUACACCCAGGCCAACAACUCGAUCUACACCUGGGCCAACAUCUCAUCAUACACACAGACCAACAACUCAACCUACACCUGGGCCAACGUCUCAUCCUACACCCAGGCCAACAACCCGACUGACACCAAAGCCAACUACUAGAUAUGUGCCAGUGACAAGGCCAGUAACAAAGCCAAUGACAAGGCCGCCUCCUCCAACACCACCUCAGCCUACAACAGUAAGACCUACACGACCACCACAAAGAACUCUGGUAACAACUGAAGAGUCUUCAACUACAGUCUCCCAUGGAAUUACAGAUGACAACAGGAUCCAGAUAGAUCCUCAGAAACCCCGGGGAGAUGUGUUCAUUCCACGCCAGCCUGGAGUGAGCAAUAAUCUGUUGGAAAUGCUCGAAAUUGAAAGAGGGAUUACUGCCGAUGAAUUUGAAGCAAAUGAUGACCCAGGUGUGCUGGUGCACAGCUGCAGUUUUGAUAGUGGACUGUGUGGAUGGAUCAAGGACAAAGAUGACGACUUGCACUGGGAACCAGUGAGAGAUGCCUCAGGGGGACAGUAUCUUACCAUCUCUGAGCCCAAAGGCAAAGAAGGAAGAGUUGCGCACCUCAUCCUGCCAUUGGGUCACGUGGCUCAGACCAGUGACCUGUGCCUGUCGUUCAGGCAUAAGGUGCCCGGGCUGCAUUCGGGUGCACUCCAAGUUUUUGUGAGGAGAAACGGUGCUCACGGACCAGCCGUCUGGGGCAGGACUGGUGGCCACGGCUGGAGGCAGACACACAUAACGUUACGAGGCCUGGGCAUCAAGAGUGUUAUUUUCAAAGGAGAGAAAGGGAAAGGAAGAACUGGGGAUAUUGGACUAGAUGACGUGAUGUUGAGGAGAGGACGCUGCUCAGAAGAGCAUUAGUAAAGACAAUGAGACAGCAGAGUCAUCUCCUCUAGCCCUUUUCUUGCUAUUCCUACUAAGCUUUGAAACAAAGCUGCACGAAAAUGAAGAUGGAGAACGACAAUUUCUUAGUGGUCUGCUAAGUACAAUCUCACUGAAACUUCACUUACAAACAUGGAGAGCAGCUCCCAGGAUUCAGGAACUCCAGUCACAUGCUGUUUGUUCCUGUUAAUCCUUACCCUUAAAUUGUAUUUUAUAUGUAAUAACUUUGUCCGCCAUUAAGCACAGUGAGUGGUCGCACAAAGAGCACUUGUGGAAAAGGGAGACUGACAAAUGGUGGCAGAAGAAAGCUCCAGCUCAUAAAGUUUUAGUGUUAACUGAUAGCCAUUUUGUCCCCAUAGUGAGGAUUAGAUUUGAUAGAGAGUGGGACUAGUCUCGCUUCAGCGGAAGCCUGGGCCUGAACUUUAGCUUGCUGCCUUGACCUUUGAAGAAGGGCUUGCUUCUUGUUAAAUAGCAUUUAUUUUGGUGUCGUAUCUGUAUUAACACAAAGCAGUUCUGUAGAGUAGGCACUGCAUCCUGUAACAUUGCUGCUGAGGUUUGUGUAUAUGUGUACGGUUAUUAGCAUAUUUAUGGUCUUAAUAUUUCCAGACUCUAGUUGCAAGGUAAGUGGCAUCUGUGCUUUCUUACUAUACGCAACAAGAGUUCAGCUUAUUCUUUGAUCCCGCUCGCGUGCCAAUAGAUACGUUACCAGUGUCUGUUGAUGGUGCUCAUUGAAAAAUGCUGGUGCAGUUUUUCACGUCAUAGCGUGCUGAAGGCAAAAGACCAAACCCUUACCUGAUAUAAACCAGCAUCUAACAACGCUGUACGUGUUUGAAUUUAGCCCGGGAGCAAGCGCCCGGGCUCUCAGUCCUGUAAGGAGCUCCUGGUUCAGCUGAAGACUGAGCAGCCUGGAGAAGAUCCCUUGAAUUUUGUCAGACUGAGCCCGCUGACACCACCAGGAGUGUUCCCUCCCCGUAGCUGGGUUGCACCCAGCCACAACAAAAACGCAGCUGCCUUCACAGCAGGUGAACUGUUCAGAGCAUGAGGUGGCUCGAGUGAUCUCUGUCAAAUGUCCAUCUUCCAUCCAGUCCUUCUGUACAUAAUAAACAUUUUACUCUUUAGAAUUAGAAAAA